AUGGGAUGGAACACCUGGAACACUUUCGCUUGCAACAUCAGCCAAGACACGGUGCUUUCCGCCGCACGAGCGAUCAAGAGCGAAAACCUAGAUCAAUACGGCUACAACUAUGUGGUCAUCGACGACUGCUGGCAAGCCGAUCAGCGUGACAAUGGCACCAAUGUCCUUCCUGCCAACAAGGAGAAAUUUCCAAAUGGGCUCAAGGCUGUCGUCGAUGAAAUCAAGAGCAUGGGUCUCAAAGCCGGAAUCUAUUCCUCGGCCGGCGUCAUGACGUGCGGUCAUCACAUCGGCUCACUUGGCUACGAAGAAGUUGACGCCACAUCGUGGGCAUCCGAUGGAUUCGAGUACCUCAAAUACGACAACUGCUUCAACCAAGGAGAGUCUGGAAGCCCAAAACUUUCGUUCGAUCGAUACAACGCGAUGUCGCAAGCGUUGAACAAGACCACAGGAGAGCCCAUCCUUUACUCCAUGUGCAACUGGGGAGAGGACUGGCCGUGGCUCUUUGCAACCGAGAUUGCUAAUUCUUGGCGAAUUUCCGGUGAUAUCUACCCCACCUUCAACCGCGAUGACGACCGAUGUCCAUGCACCGACAUCACCCACUGCAAUUUGCAAGGGUUCCACUGCUCCAUCGCCAAGAUCCUCGACUUUGCGGCCUCCCUAGGCCAGAAAGCGUAUCCAGGUGCAUGGAACGAUCUCGAUAUGCUCGAAGUAGGAAACCGCGGUCUCAACCUCGACGAAAGCCUGGUUCACUUCUCCAUGUGGGCCAUGCUCAAAUCGCCCCUCAUCCUCGGAAACGACCUCACAAAGAUGACCAACCAGACUCGAGCGAUCAUCAAGAACAAGCAUGUCAUCGACAUCUCGCAGGAUCCCACGGGAUCGCCUGGUGUUCGACUUUGGAAGAAGCAACACGAGGAUGGCAACACUCAGAUGUGGAAGAUCGCCUUGUCGAAUGGAACCUACGCUGUCGCUGCUAUCAAUGUCUCCGAAUCGCCAAAGAAUGUAUCGAUCAGCAUGGACGAUAUUUUCUUCGACGAGUAUCUGGACAACGAAGAUCUCAACGAACAGCCCUGGAAUGCAUACGAUCUUUGGAAAGGUGUUGACUUUAGCAAGAACCCAACGGAGCCUGUUGCUAUGGAAACGAUGAAGGUGCAAGGUGGGCCCUUUACUGGAAAGUUGCCGGAGGUCACCGUGCCCACCCACGGUAUCAAGUUGUACAAGUUGACCCCUGCUAGCGGAAGCACUGGAUCGGCUCAAAAGAGGAGCUCCGAUGGACUGGACAAGGUCUCGAGGGACUUCGCCGAGAUGAGGCCAAGUCGAAUCAUGGGAUCUCAGGCAUUUCUUUGA